GGAUGGCGGCCAUGAUGCUUUGGGUGGCCCUCAGCCUGUGGGGCUGGUUCUCCCUCUACACUUGGUCCUGCCGUCACUACAGAGAACGCAGCUGCGAGUGGAGCUGCCGAUUGGUCACACUUACUCACGGGGUCUUUGCCACUUGCCUCGCUGGCUACAUCGGGUUUAUCGAUGGUCCCUGGCCAAUGACUCACCCAGGGUCCCCAAAUACUGUGCUUCAGGUCCACGCGUUGUGCAUCAGCUUGGGCUACUUCCUGUUUGACCUGGGAUGGUGUGUCUACUUCCAGGCCGAAGGGCCCUUGAUGCUGGCCCAUCACUCUGUCAGCAUCCUGGGCAUCAGUGCCUCCCUCGCCUUAGGUGAGUCAGCCACGGAGGUCAACGCCGUCAUCUUUGGCAGCGAGCUUACCAACCCCUUCCUGCAGGCCCGCUGGUUUCUGCGGGAGAAGGGGCUGUGCCCCAGCUUGACGGGGGAUGUGGUGGACUUCCUCUUCGUGGUGCUUUUUGCAGGAGUGAGGAUCGGGGUUGGGGCGUGGCUGAUGUACUGCGUCUUGCUGUCCCCCAGGCCCAGGCGCUUCAUCAAGGUGGCGGGUCUCAUCAUGUAUGCAGUGUCUUGUGUUUUCAUGGUAAACAUCUGCCGGUUUGCCCGGCGCAAAACCAUCAGGAGAUAUCAGGCCUGGAGGGAUUGGUGGAACAAAGAGGUCAACUUGAACACUAAUGGGUAUCUGAAGAGUCACUGACCCCACCAGUGGGUUCUUAUUCCAGAUUUAGCAUCAGUAAUUAGCCUGGGCUGGACCUGC